AUGCUGCUCCCCCUCCCUCUUUCUUUUUUCGCUUUGCUAAUCUUCCCCUUCCCCUCUAACGGGGGCCAGGCGGCGGCGGGCGCGGGAGGCAAAAACCUAAGAGAAGACGCUCUUAGGACCUUCAAAUCAUGUUUGAGCCUAUGUUCAAACAAAACCCAUCCCCCGGCUGGAAAGAAUGCCCGCCAAGUUCUGAUAAGGUCUCGACGAGCCCCGGAAAGGCUCGGCGAAGGAAGGGGGAUGCGGCGGGGGAAGGAAAAUUCGGAGAUCGAGAGAUUUUUUUUCUUGGCCGAGGAUGGCCUACGGUGCGUGUUAUCUGAAGGGAGCACGCUUUUUCGACCGCGGUGCUAUGAUUGCCGGAGCCUCUCCUCGUUCCGCCCGCUGGCCUAUUGGGAUAGCAGCCUGCGGGCUUUGCCUGCCCAUUAG